CGCUGCCGGGGCCGGCUGCGGCGGGGGCUGCGGCGGCGCCGUGCAACCCGCUCGGCCCCCGCGGCGCGGCCGUCCGCCCCCCACUCCCGCCCCCGGCGGAGCGGCGGCUGCAUGGGGCGGCGCUGAGCGGCGGAGCGGCGGCGGGGAGCCAUGCUGUCGAGGAAGGGGAUCAUCCCCGAGGAGUACGUUCUGACCCGGCUGGCGGAGGAUGUGCCGGAUCAUGCCCGGUACCGCGCCCGGGAGAGGCGGGCGCGUUUUGUGGGCAAGAACGGUGCCUGCAACGUGGCCCAUAAAAACAUCCGGGAGCAGGGACGCUUCCUCCAGGACGUCUUCACCACCCUUGUGGACCUCAAGUGGCCGCACACGCUGCUCAUCUUCACCAUGUCCUUCCUCUGCAGCUGGCUGCUCUUUGGCAUGGUCUGGUGGCUCAUCGCCUUCGCCCACGGAGACCUGGACUACAGCACCCGGCUGCAGCGGGACCCUGCAGAGGGGGCCCCGGCUGGCUUUGUGCCCUGCGUGACCAGCAUCCACUCCUUCACCUCCGCCUUCCUCUUCUCCAUCGAGGUGCAGGUGACGAUCGGCUUCGGGGGACGCAUGGUGACAGAGGAGUGCCCAGCUGCCAUCCUGGUGCUGAUCGUGCAGAACAUCGUGGGGCUGGUGAUCAAUGCCAUCAUGCUGGGCUGCAUCUUCAUGAAGACCUCCCAGGCCCACCGCCGGGCCGAGACCCUCAUCUUCAGCAAGCAUGCGGUCAUCGCCCUGCGGGAGGGCAAGCUCUGCUUCAUGCUGCGGGUGGGUGACCUCCGCAAGAGUAUGAUCAUCAGCGCCACCAUCCGCAUGCAGGUGGUGAAGAAGACUGCCAGCCUGGAAGGGGAGGUGGUGCCCCUCAACCAGAUUGACAUUCAGAUGGAGAACCCCGUGGGGGGCAACAGCAUCUUCCUUGUUUCCCCACUCAUCAUCUACCACGUGAUAGACAAGAACAGCCCCCUCUAUGACAUCUCGCCCCUGAACCUUCACCACCAUGAAGACCUGGAGAUCAUAGUCAUCUUGGAAGGGGUGGUGGAGACCACUGGCAUUACCACUCAAGCCAGAACCUCCUACCUGGCCGAUGAAAUCCUCUGGGGCCAAAGGUUUGUGCCCAUCGUGGCAGAGGAAGAUGGGCGAUACUCUGUGGACUACUCUAAAUUCGGUAACACAGUGAAAGUGCCCACCCCUUCAUGCACUGCUAGGCAGCUGGAGGAGGACAAGAGCAUUAUGGACACCAUGCCGUUGUCCCCUAAAGGCACAAUAAGGAAGAGGUCUGUCAAGCUAAAGCCCAAGUUUACCAUAAGUGAAGAGCUUUCCUGAUGCCUUUUGACUGGGAAACUCAGUUAGGGCUUUGUGUCUGAAAGAUCUCAUAAAUUCAAAACACUGAGGUGGCCUCUUACUUUUUUUUAAAUUCAGGUUGGUAGCACAAGGUAUGUUCUGGUGUUAUUUAUUGUGAGAUAAAUCUAAAGCUAAUUAUAUUUUUUUAAAGGUGUGUGAGAUUUCAAGCAGCACUGGGAGUAGAAGAAUCAUGUUCUGCAGCUUUAAAUUUCAAUUCAGACUAUUUAAUUGCACAAUCACUUUGCAUUGAUUAAUCUGCAGGUAAUGACAUUUUCUCCAAAAAGAGAUGUAUAUUUCUCUUCAGAGACUGCAGUACUUAGAGUCUUGCAGUGUCCGAGAAUCAGUAGUUUUUAACAGGUGGUUUUUUUCUAACUUGGACAAUCAAUAUAGCAAAAUAUUAAUAAUUUAAAAAGUAGGCCGGAUUUAAAUUAUAGCAAAAAGGUCAGGCAGUGUUAUGUAUGACAGACAGACCAGAACUGGAAGUGUUAAUAUAUUAUACUCUAUGUCUCAAAGAAAUUAACUGACAGACCUGCUUCAUCCCUAUUGUAUUGUAUGGAGUCAGUCCUACCACAUGCAGUAUGAAAAGUAUUUGAAUAUUUACAUUUGUUCAUUUAAAAACCCUUUACACUUCCAAAAUAAAACAUUCAGGAAUACCUUUUUGGACUGUACAUUUCUGAUAGAAAGCAAUGCUUUAUCUUUAGAAAGAGUAGCAGAUAGUACACAACUGAAAUUAAUUAUAAAUAGGAAAAAUUCUGCAUUCUAAUUGUCUAAAUGAACAGAAGCAACAUCCCCACACACGCACACAACAGAGCCACGUGGCAGUAAAAAAAAAUAUUAAUCUCUCCCCUAGGUCAGAGUGAGUUCUGUUAGAUAAACCCAGGAAUAUAAAUAGAAUUAGAUACUUUAAAUGAAAGGGAAAUGCUGAAUGCUGAAAUUCUGGCUGCGUGCAGUAAGCAAAAUGUUUCACUCCUUUCCCUUUUGUAAAAGAAGCAGAUGUUUUUGUGCUUAGGGAAAGGAGGGAUGUGUAAGACAGUGUGGUCAGUUCUGGGAUGCUGUGUCACAAAACAUACUGCUGCUGAGGAAAUUAUUCCCUUCCUAUUUACAUCCUGACCUCCCUACUCAGCCAGUGCUUGCCUUGUUUUUUUCAGCUGAGUUUAGGAUCUGGUAUUUACUAGCAAGCAAGAUGGAGCCAUGUUCACCCCCUCAGUUCCACCUUGACAACAGGAGCAAGUCCCCUUAGCGCGGUCCUACACAGUCUCUAUCUAGGGAGACAGAGAAUAACCAACAGCAGCAAUUUUAUUUCUAUGCAGGGUUAUUAGGAAAUAGCAGCAGCAUUAACUGCAGUGUGCUACUAACAGGGAAAACUGCCACUCAAGUAAAAAAAAGAUAAUGUUGUCCAAGUAAAACCUUGAUAAGCAUUACAGAACUUAUCCAACACCUGCUUACACAAGCUGUGCAGAGAGGCACCGAGUUACUUUCAAACCUAACUAUUCAAAGAGCUUAUAGAUCAAGUUCUUGUAUGUUAUGUAGUUUUCAACAGACACCUGGAAUGAUUUCUGUUGGCAAUAAUAUGGCAAUUUUUGAUGCCUUGUCAGUGUAACAGUAUGACAAACUCAUUCAAAAAUGUGACAAAAUGUCCAUAUCGACUACGGAAUAUUUUCAGGCAUCUAUAAUAAAAUGAAAUAAUGUUUGGAUAAAAUAAAAGGUUGUUUUAAAAUUAUAAAACAGUAGUUAUAUUUUCAAUAAUUAUGUAUUUCAGUUUCAUGAAGUCCUGUAUCAGCAUUAUGAGACUGCCAGUUAAAACAAUAAAUGCCUGUUCAGUUUCCAAAUUCCCAAUACACCAAUACUAUUCUGUGAACAGCUCCAAAAAUGUGAAGACAGUCAAACUAUUAACAAAUAGUCAGCAAAGAAAAUUUGUAAAGGCAUAUUUUACAUUUGUAAUAACAAAAAAUCCUAUUUUUUAAAAGAGGGAAUAAUUACGUGCAACUAAUGAUUAAAUUUCUUCUUUAAGACUGA